AUGACUUCCAACGAUUUGAAAAUUCUGGAUUUACACACUCUCAUCAGACUCUCUACCUUGGAUGCUCGGAAUAAUGCAAACACAAACUUCAUCUAUAUAACGCCUCUAUAUAUAUCUCUCCCCUAACUCAACCACGUCUCACUUCUUAUUCUUCUCUUUCUAUCUUCAAGCUCCAAGAUGUGUUUGAGUUCUUCAGAACCAUUUGCAGACACACCCACGAAACUAGUUUUGUACCUCAAAACACAAAGCCACGUUCGUAUCCCUCGUCUCUCCAGGAGGAGAAGGAUGUGGAGGGAAGAAAAGAAGAUGGAGAUGAUCAAUCUAAAGCUAUACAUGGAGAAUCAAAACAUCAUACGAGAAAACGAGAAACUUAGGGAGAAAGCUCUUCUUCUUCACCAAGAAAACAAAGCUCUCUUCUCUUUGCUUCAUCAGACCAAAAAAAUCUCCUCUGUUCCAUAAGACAAAACCUUACACCAUCAUCACUAAAAGAUCAUAUUCUUCGUUCUUUACUGAAUUAGUAAUAAGUAAGAUCUGAGGGCUCCAAGCAAAAAAAAACACCAAAUACAGUUUUGGUUAUUUGAGAGUCUUCUACCUAAGUGGGGUUUAUAAUCAAGGGUUUUAGUUAUUACUGGGUAUACUUCUAAUUUUUAUGUUCUUUUUAGUCUAAUCUCUCAUGUAAUCUCUGUACCUGAGUUCUUUUGUUAAUGGUUAAUCAUCUACUUCUUUAUAUA